GCUCUGAAGCGAGGGUCGUCGAGUCAGUUUCGAGGGUGCCGUCGUAUUUGUACAACGCGUCGUGGAGCUGUUUCAAGUGUUCUUGGAAUUUUGCAGGUCUUUGGACAGAACGGCUCGAGCAAGGUGUAUUUUGCAAUAGCGUCACCGGGCGGGUUCGUUUUCCGUGAACUACUUUCGCUCCUGUGAAUCCUAAUUGUUCGUGAAAAAGUGUGCUUAAACCUGGAAGCCUUUGCGGCGCUUAUUUCAGUGCAAAGCACCCAGUGUUAGUGGUGUGAAAUUCCGAGAAAAGUUUCAGGGACGUUGAAUUAUUGUUGCGACCUGCAUUGUUCGUGUUUAAAAAAGGACCUGGCUGCAGCUCGGUUGUCAGGAUCCAGCUUAAAAAGCCCGGGAACGUGGAAGGACUAAGGGUAUGAAGCUACCUCAACCCCCGAUUGUGCACGGUGCAAGAGCGCCCUGACUCGCUGCUUCUUCGCAUUCCCAAGUGUCCCUGGAGGGAGCAAACAAAACAGUCUACGCUGGCGUUAAUCAAGUGACGUUUCCUUGUGUGGUCAAAGAUUUUUCAAAGCGAGCUACAGUUAACUGCGCGGGACAACAGUGAUAAAGAACUAAUUGGAACAGAUAAUGAAUUAUUUUCAAAAUGUCAGAGAGCACCCCGGCAACUUUAAUAACGUCUGCCGAAGAAGAAGUUGAAAGCUCAAAAGAGCCAAGCGCAAGUGACAAACAAAUCGCUUGUGUUAACGAAAUCAAACCUGAAAUUCAACAAAAUGGAAACAUCCGCAGUCCCGAUACAAAGGAGUUCCUUCCACAUUCUAGGACUUCUGGGAGUAUCAAUACAAAUUAUGGCUGCACUGAAAUUGAAAAGAAAUCGAAACCUCGAUCGGCUUCGAGGAGUAGUGAUCUCGAUGUGGACGAGGUCGCAAGGCUGUACGAACAAAAACCUGGCGCUUUUGAACGGUGGUUGAAAGAACGAGCUUCUCCGGAUACUGUGGCUCGUAUCCAUUUGCUUAUUGAAGGACAACGUUCGCCGCGCAACACCAAGAGAGCCUCCGUAACAUCGGAUCUUUUUCAGCAAUGGCUGGCUUCAUCUCCAGUAAAGUCAUUUUUUGGUAAACCUCAGUUCCGGUUCGCGGCUAACAGAUAUAGGAUCCGGAAAUGCCGUUCUCCGACAUCAAGGUCUUCGAUUGGUUGUCGCCGACACUUGUUGAACCUGGACGAAGGAGAAUUGUUUAUGGAACUUAUCCGUGAUGUAGCUAAUGAACUGGAUAUAGAUAUAUUAUGCCAUAAGAUAUUAGUAAAUGUUGGAUUGCUGACACACGCGGACCGGGGAUCCCUGUUUUUGGCAAAAGGACCGCCUAACAAUCGAUACCUGAUAGCGAAGCUCUUUGAUGUUACACAAGAUACAGCCCUAGAUGAUGCUGUACAAAAGGCGAAAACAAAGGAGCUUGUGAUACCUUUUGGAGUCGGGAUAGCGGGCACUGUAGCGCAAACCAAAGAGAUAAUUAACAUUAAGGAAGCAUAUAAGGACGCGCGAUUCAAUUCCGAAAUUGACCUUAAAACUGGCUAUAAAACAAAUGCAAUCUUGUCUAUGCCGAUAUGUAACUACGAAGGAGAUGUCAUCGGUGUUGCGCAGAUUAUCAACAAAACAAACGGCUCUGGUGCUUUUACCGACCACGAUGUGGAAAUCUUUCGACGAUAUUUAACAUUUUGCGGUAUUGGGAUUCAGAAUGCCCAACUGUUUGAAAUGUCCGUUCAGGAAUAUAGGCGCAAUCAGAUACUUCUGAAUCUUGCACGGAGUAUAUUCGAGGAGCAGAAUAACUUGGAGUGUUUGGUCACAAAAAUUAUGACAGAAGCUCGGGAGUUGCUCAAGUGUGAACGCUGCGCAGUAUUUUUGGUGGAUUUGGAUUGUUGUGAAGCUUUGGAAAUAAUGUAUAGGGAAUAUUCCACUAGAAAAAAGAGCCAUUUGGAGAAAAUAAUUGAAAAGCCAAGUCGAGGAUCGAUUCUAACUAGGCGGCAAAGUCACAAUGUAAACGUGGAGGAAAUUUUGGAGCAACAGCGUUCGAAACUUCGCUUCACCGUCCUCUUUGAAUUGGGCACUGAAAACCAAUCCGCAAAUAUUUCCCGGCCUUCAGUUAACGAUUUGAAUAGCUCAACACUUGCUCAAAUAGCGCAGUACGUGGCAUCGUCAGGGCAAACUCUGAACAUAGCUGAUGUCAAAGAAUGGGUUAAUAAACACCACAACAUUUCUACAGAUGUUGAAAUUGAUUCGGCUAAGGCAAUACUGUGCAUGCCUAUCGUUAACGCUCAGAAGCAUGUUGUUGGUGUCGCGCAAUUAAUAAAUAAGGAAACUGGCCUGCCAUUCACUGAUUCGGAUGUUUCAAUAUUUGAAGCUUUUGCGAUUUUUUGCGGUCUGGGUAUACACAAUACCCAAAUGUAUGAGAAUGCCUGCAAAUUGAUGGCAAAGCAAAAGGUCGCCUUGGAGUGUUUGUCAUAUCAUGCCACUGCUAGUCGAGACCAGACCUUGAAGCUUGUCCAGGAUAGUAUUCAACCGGCGGAAGCAUAUAACCUUUAUAGUUUUAAGUUCAUAGAUUUCGACUUAGCUGACGACGACACAUGCAGAGCAACCGUGAGGAUGUUCCUGCAAUGUAAUCUAGUUCAGCAGUUCCACAUACCUUAUGACGUUUUAUGUAGAUGGGUGCUAAGCGUUCGGAAAAAUUAUCGGCCUGUAAAAUAUCACAAUUGGAGACAUGCAUUCAAUGUGACGCAAACCAUGUUUGCAAUGCUUAAGACUGGAAAACUAGAACGCUUCAUGACUGACUUAGAAAUUCUCGGCCUUUUAGUUGCAUGUUUAUGUCAUGAUUUGGAUCAUCGAGGAACGAACAAUGCCUUUCAAACUAAAACUGAAAGUCCACUUGCAAUUUUAUACUCGACGAGUACAAUGGAGCAUCAUCAUUUCGACCAAUGUGUGAUGAUUUUGAAUUCGGAAGGAAAUAAUAUUUUCCAGGCACUCUCACCGGAUGAUUAUCGGCGAGUGAUGAAAACAGUUGAAACAGCUAUUUUAUCCACCGAUCUAGCGAUGUACUUCAAAAAGAGGAAUAGCUUCUUGGAUCUCGUUGAAAAUGGUGAAUUUGAUUGGCAGAGUGAGGAGAAGAAAGAACUAUUGUGCGGAAUGAUGAUGACUGCAUGUGACGUGAGUGCAAUCGCUAAACCAUGGGAAGUCCAACACCGAAUUGCAAAGCUGGUCGCAGACGAAUUUUUCGAUCAAGGCGAUUUGGAAAAGUUGCAAUUGAAUACACAACCAAUUGCUAUGAUGGACAGAGAGCGUAAGGAUGAACUUCCGAAAAUGCAAGUCGGAUUCAUAGACGUUAUAUGUCUGCCACUCUAUCGAGUACUAUCGGAUACCUUCCCAUGGAUUAGUCCGUUAUAUGAAGGAACAUUGGAGAACCGGAAGCAUUGGCAAGACCUCGCUGAAAAAGUUGAAAUGGGCCUCACGUGGAUAGACCACGACACUAUCGACAAACCAGUAGAAGAGUUUGCAGAAGAAAUUAAGGAUAUCGAGUUUACGGUAACUACCCUUAACUGCCAACAUGGUGAAUCUGGCGAGCACUCAACCCCCGAGCAAAAACCCCGCUACAGCAGUUUGAAGAAAACCGGAACUGGUGUGCUCUCGAAAACGGUUAGAUCGCGACUUUCGAAGUCAAUGUAUAGUAACAGCGUAGACGGUAAGAGAUCAACCAAGAUGGCCCAACCUUCACAAUCCCAACAGUCGACAGUCGACGAAUCUAAGGAUAGCUGUGAGGAGAAAAAUUCAGUAAAUGUUAAGUUAGAAAAAGUAAAAAAGAGGUCAAAACUGUGUUCGUUGCUGUGACUACGUUUCUCUUGAAUAAGUAGGGCAUUCGUUUCUUUUAUGUAGAUAAGUUUUAAGCACUAUGUUUUAUAGAGAAAACUUUUAAAGUAAAAUUAGAAAGAACAGCCUCAGAGGUUGAAUUUGUUACACUCGAUGCAGAAACAGAACAUGUUACUUUACUUACAACUUAAGGUUAGUGAAAUAAUAAACACACGCUAGUGAGCUUGAUGCUAGCUUCCAAUAGUAGUUGACAACUUCUGAUACAAUAAAUCCUAGGAGUGUAUUAUGCCUGAUAACUCAUAUGGGCUUACAUGCAAGUAAGCAAACUUUGUUGUCAAGUUUACGGAGUAUGAUUAUAAACCAACGCGGGUUCUAUUCACGUGUGCAGAGGCGAUUCCUUCCUUCCAGGUCUAACAAAAAUAGCGAAACAGUUCUGAUCAGGGUAAAAUUUGAGGAAGUUUUAUUCACUAUUGAGGUGUACGUGCGAGUAAUACUUAUGAGUGGACUACCGUCCUUGUGUUUAUCUGCAGACAUCUCCCUUGAAUGAAAAACCCGAAAGUAAGGAAACGUUACCAUUUUGGUCAUUGUACGUUUGUCAUAAGAAACAUUCUUCAUAUUCAUGCAAUCCAGAUCCUUAGCGACCAUGUUUGAACCGAGUAAAUAUUUAUAGGCGAAUUUUGUCAAUCUCAAUGCAAUUAUUUCUAGCGUAACCACUCCUUCUAUCUCACAAAAAUCAAAUGUUGAAUCAAACACAAUAACUAUUUGUAAAUGUAAGAAUGGCAAGAUGAUAGCUGUAGAGAAUUUCUAUCACUUUUAGUAGAUGUGACGCAAAAAGGCGAAAACACUAAAAAGUACCGAUAAUAAAUGUCAGAAAUAUGUGAUGGUCUACUCCAGACUAAAAGUUAUGUGUCUAUUUAUCAGUACAUGUUUGAACUGUGAAGUGAUCACGAACUAAAAAGAAACACACAAGUUAAAUAAAAUCAUUUUCUAA